AUCAUCCAGUCAAAACCUGGAUUGUGUUCCGAGCGGUUACGUUCCCGGUAGCAUCAUCGCGCGCCGUCUUGCUGGAAGUUUACCAAGUGGAGCUUGAAGAGAGUAUUACGUAGCAUCAAUUAGAAUUCGAAUCCUCUCGCCACAAUUGUCUCAACGUCAAAGUCCACUCGUGAUAUAGUCCAGCACGUGGAAAACAUGUGCGAACACUGAGCUAAGGUGCUAAGGUCAUGAUCGAUCCGUGAAUCUGUACACGUGUGUGGUGCAUUAACAAGUGAAGUAACGUCCCCGGGGAAUCACGGUUCACGGUAAAAGUGAGAAAAACAAAACACAAGGCACGAAGGAUCCAAGUGGAAAUUGCCAGUCCGUGGUGCGGAACAAUUUGCAGAACUGUAGCGGAAGUUCCUGUGCCAAGUAGGGGUCCUCUAGUGUGAUUUCCAAGACGACGAGACUGUAGAGACGAGAAGCUGCUCGAGAAUGCUAGCGCUCAAAUACGAUACGUUCAAUCCGCUACCCUUUAUAGACAGUUCAUGACACAGAGUCUCGCUUGAGUGCUGUAACUGUUGCUGUAGCUCAAACAACUCAAAGUCCGUAGUCUGAUUUUGAUCGCCGCCCAACAUCCCAACAUCAGGCCGAUCACCAAGGUCUGAACUGCCGGAGGAGAAGCGCAGUUCAAAACCUUCGAAAGCACCAUUUGCAUUUGACAGCGUACAGCUUAACCUCAGAACUUCAACCUUCAUCUUCAUCUAUCUGCUGGAAGAACUCUCAGGGACCUUCGUGUGCACGCGUGUGUCUCUGUGUGUGCGUUAUUGAAUAGCAUUCCAGCGGACCAUCUUUCACCCUCUUCCACUCGUCGUUGCCUGUUCGAUGGCUCUGGACUUUGCUGCCGGUUGUCUUGGAGGAUGCGCCGGUGUGCUCGUUGGUUUCCCAUUCGAUACGGUGAAGGUACAUCUGCAGACGCAGAACCACCGCAAUCCGCUGUACCGCGGUACCUAUGAUUGCUUCCGGAAGAUCAUCGUCCGCGAAGGCGUCCAUGGACUGUACCGGGGCAUGUCGAGUCCGAUGGCAGGCGUCGCCGUCGUCAACGCGAUCGUGUUCGGUGUGUACGGAAAUAUCCAGCGUCGCACCGAGAAUCCGGACUCGUUACGUUCGCACUUCCUAGCGGGUACGGCGGCUGGCCUAGCGCAGAGUAUCGUCUGCUCACCGAUGGAACUGAUCAAAACCCGGCUCCAACUGCAGGACAAUCUGCCGAAAGCGGCCCACCGUUUCACCGGUCCGCUCGAUUGCACCAAAGCCAUCUGGCAGCGUGAAGGCUUCCGGGGGAUCUUCCGUGGUCUAGGCAUCACUGCAGCCCGUGACGCACCUGGAUUUGCGAGCUACUUCGUGGCGUACGAGUAUAUGGUCCGGAUGGUGACGAAUCCAUCGCCGUUCGUGAUCCUCAUGGCCGGCGGACUGGCCGGUACGUUCUCCUGGCUCGUCACCUUCCCGAUCGAUGUUGUCAAGUCGCGCCUCCAAGCGGACGGUAUCUCCGGGAAGCCGGAAUACAGCGGGCUCGUGGAUUGUGUGCGCAAAAGUUACGCCUCCGAAGGACUCGCCUUUCUAUCGCGCGGUCUCGCUUCCACCCUGUUGCGGGCGUUCCCCAUGAAUGCCGUCUGCUUCCUGGUCGUCUCGUACACGAUGAAACUCUUCGACGAUCCACCGAUCACGGUGACGGCCGAACAGCUGACGAGUACGGCGGCUGCCGUCGUCGUAGAAGCACCACUCCUCAUGGCCACCACCAGCCAGCCAGCGCUCCAAGUGGCAACACCGGUCGGCCGGAGAGCUGACCAGUAUCAUCAUCACCAGCAUCAGCAGCACAACCAUGAUAAGCAUCUGAUCAGCAUCAAGCAGAACACGUACCGAUUCUUAAGAUCACUCGGGGCAUUCAGUGAAGCGGUUUGCUGUGCGGAGAUGGGCGAACUCACCGACGAUCUGUACGAUGCCAGCUCGAUCGAGAGCUCCGCCCAGCAGUACGCCCGGCUUAACCAGUAUCUGCUCAGCACGGACGGCGAGGACAACAGCAACCGUUAUCCCUUCCUGGGCGACUAAGCUCGCGCCAAACCAGCGAGAGAGCGGAAGCCUUCUCCAGGUCACCAAAGACUUCUGUACAAAGGUAUCCAAAUAGCCGUUAGGUCCCCGGUUCGUGGUCGUGAAUGAAUAUAUUCUAUUCCUUUUAUUUAA